AUGAGCAACAGUGUAUCAAGUCCAGUUGGAAAGGUUGGAAAUGCCAACUUCCCCGUCGAUGAGAAUGGUGUAGUAUACCACUUGGGUGUAGCCAACAAUGGAUUGGCACAGAGAGUAUUGACAGUUGGAGAUUAUGGACGUGCAAGCAAGUUGAGAGAUAAGCUGUUGGAACAACCAGUGAAGACAACUGAGCAUCGUGGCUUCCAUAUACAUACUGGUACAUACAAGGGUGUGAGAGUGUCGAUUGUGUCAAUUGGCAUGGGUACACCGAUGAUGGACUUCCUCGUGCGUGAGGGACGCUUCGUCGCAGUGGGCCCCAUGGCAAUCAUCCGUUACGGCACUUGUGGUUCGCUGCGUGACGUGCCCGUCGGCUCACUGGCCAUCGCCAAGGACUGCGUGCUCAUUCGUCGCAACCCAGAUCAUUGGCACCCAGAGGGCAAGGACGCCCAGCCCUACGACAUCUCCCUGCCAUUCGCAGGCGACAGCGCACUGAUUGGCAACUUGACCACGGCCUUCCAGAAGGGCGAGGGUCUAGAGGGACGUCAGGUGGUCGUCGGCACCAACGCCACAGGCGACAGCUUCUACAGUAGCCAGGGUCGCCAGGACGCCAACUUUGACGAUCACAACCAGGACCUGAUCAACAAGCUGAUGCAACGCUAUCCCGAGGCAUCCACACUGGAGAUGGAGACCUUCCAGCUGUACCAUCUGGCCACGCGAUCCAAGGAACCAAUCAAAGCAGCAGCAGCCACCAUCAUCCUUGCCAAUCGUGUUGACAACACCUUCCUCGACAACGACACCAAGUCAGCACUUGAGAUUGCUGGUGGACGUGCCUGUCUCGAGGCUUUAAUCAAUACAACUCUAUAA